AUGGUUCCUAAUUCUCGGAUAUCUGUGCCAGGCCAAUACGAAGAUGAGUCCUGCGUUAUAUAUGUAGGAAAUAUUGACUCUCGCAUUCCAGAUGAAAAGAUUGUUGAGUUUUUCUCUCAAUACGGAAACGUUAUCUCUAUAUUUCGGAGGCUUCUUGAUAGCUUUUAUCCAAAAGUUCGUACAAAAACUUUUAAACCGCCAAGAAAUGGUGUACAAUACGCUUUUAUUCGUUUUGAAACAUCAGACAGUGUACAAAAAGUCAUGAAAGACGCAAAGGGAAUGAUUCUUGGUCGCCGCAAAAUUACAGUCAAAGCCCGUGUUCUUAAUCCGGCCAAGGUGGAAGGUAAAGCGGAAAACAGUCGGAUAUCUCCGUCAAUGAAGCUUGUCGAAAACAAUGGAGAGCCUUUGAACCAAAAACCACUGAUUGGUGUUAACGGACCAACGGUAGUUACUUCAAAUGCAGAGGCGCUUGGUAAUGUUGCGUCUAAGACAACCUCUGCUGUCGUUUCCCCACUUCCUCAGCCUUCCGCCUCUGAGCAAGCACAAGGAACGGCAACGACGCCUACAAGUCUUAAUGACUUCAAUAUUCGUGCAAUUCCACCAGCUUUUACUUCUUCUCUCACAUUAAAUGUCCUAAACUUGCCGACCGACACUACCCCUAUCGAGUUAUAUCAGUACUUCAAGGAAGCGGGGACUGUGAAGGGAACUGCGAUUAGCCAAUUUCGUGACUACAGAGGAUACCGCUGUGGAGAGGUUAUUAUGGAAAGCGUUGAGGACUGUAACGAGGCUAUUCGACGUUUCAAUGGUUGCGCUUUUCGGGGUUCUAUCUUAGAAGUCGGCAUGAAAACACCCUUUAAUGGGGCUUGUUCCCCUGCAUUCUAUCCACAUAUGGACGAAAGCGCUUGGAAUUUUCCAUAUUGCAACAGUCUUGAUUAUGGUACAUACCACCCCGCGUAUCAAAGCUCGAGCAUGAACUCAAUGUCAUGGGCAAUGGGUUCUCCUACGAAAGAUGCCUCGCAAUGGCCUGAUUCAGUGCCUAUGGACCCGUGCAAUCUGUACGUGAAAAAUCUGGACGAUGCAAUCAUAUCAUCAAAAGGACAACUUGAGGCUUUAUUCUCGCCUUAUGGAACUAUCAUUUCGUCCAUGUUAGCGGUUUAUGCCAACACGGGUAUAUCAAAGGGUUACGGUUUUGUGGCCUUUAGACGCCCAGAAGAGGCAUACGCAGCACGUGAGUCUCUCAAUGGUGCUAUGAUCGGCAAGAAACGCAUUUUUGUCUGUUUUGCCGAACGGAAAGAAGAGCGUGUGAGGAGACUUCAAGCUAUGUAUGGCGAUGUGCAGGGCAAAGCGUUAUCCUUACAAACAGGAGAAGCCAAGACACCCAGUCUUUUUGUUAAACCUACCAAAAAGGUCAUCGUUACUAUUAAACCUCCCAAAACGGAGACUGAAAGUGAACUUAAAAAGCAGGGCAACAGCAUUACGUCUACGAAAAAUUUAGAGAACCAAACUAAAACUUCUAAAGCUGGCACCAUUACUGCUGUGGACGAUGCCUUUGUUGGGUGUUCAAAAGGCAAGCUACAAGCAGAAGCGAGUGCUUUAACUGAAAUAACGACUGAUGUCGCUUCUAUUAACUCUACAAAUAAAGCUUUAUCUACUGAAACACCAAAACCGCUUGAAUCAGUGAAACCUAAAGAACGUGACACGCAAUCUACUAACUCUCAGUCGAAAUUAAACAGUGCCUCCGCGAAUUUGAAAAAGAUUCGUGACGUUUUGCAGAACCGGCUUGUGCGGACAUCCUACUUUCUUCCUCGUGCGCAAACUACAACGUGCACAACAUUUACACAUGUUACAGUUGAACCCGUGCACUAUCGGGAUGGUGAGUCCGUUGGUGAAGAACAAUCCAUUGCCUCUCCAGUGUUCAUGAAGGAAACUACAGCCAAUGUCUAUGUUCAUUCUAGGGCACCUCUAAAAAACACGGAGGCUGACAAAGAGAACCGUCUGACGAAAACAAAUGUGACCGAAUUGGAAACUCCUGUAAGGUCUACUCCGAGUCCGCAACUGAACAAGUAA